GCGGGCGCGGGGCUCAGUGGGGAGGGUGGGGGCUGCUCCUGCGGGGGCCGGGGAAGCAGGGGCAACACUGAGCGCCAUGCAGCGGGCCUGCGGGGAUGGGCCCGCAGAGCUGCCGGCCUUGGAGGACCCCGGCGCGGAGGGGGAACCCGACCCUAAGGCCAAGCAGAACGAGCAGCGGCCCGAGCCCAAGCCGGACACUGAGCCCGAGCCCGAGCUGGACACUAAACUCGAGCCCGACGCUGAUCCCGCGCCCGACCCCGAGCCCGCGCCCGCGCCCGAGCCCGAGCCCGAAAGGCCCGCCGAGGCCGAGCUCCAGACCCGGGUCCCUUCCUCAGCCCCCUUGACAGUCCAGAACCCGGCUGAGCAAGGCGACGUCAGCCUCCAGGAACGCCGCCCCCGCCCCGUGGCCAGGAUCAGGACCAAGACGAAAGGCAAGAAGGCCGCCGGAGUGCGUGUGCCCGACGAGUCCCGGGGCCGCCGGCCUCUCACUGUCACCGUGGACAGCUCCAAGGCCAGGACCUCCCUGGAAGCCCUCAAGAUCAGCCUUAGGCAGCUCAAGUGGAGGGAGUUUCCCUUUGGUCGUCGCUUGCCCUGUGAUAUCUACUGGCAUGGAGUUUCCUUUCAUGAUAGUGACAUACUCUCAGGUCAAGUGAACAAGUUCCCAGGCAUGACAGAAAUGGUGCGGAAAAUUACACUGAGCCGAGCUGUGAGAAUCAUGCAAGAUCUCUUUCCUGAGGAGUACAACUUCUAUCCUCGCUCCUGGAUUUUACCUGAUGAAUUCCAGCUGUUUGUUGCUCAGGUUCGAAUGGUGAAAGAUGGUGACCCCUCCUGGAAGCCCACUUUCAUUGUAAAGCCUGAUGGUGGUUGUCAAGGUGAUGGAAUCUACCUCAUUAAAGACCCCAGUGACAUUCGAAUGGCAGGAAACCUUCAGAGCAGGCCAGCUGUUGUCCAGGAAUACAUCUGUAAACCUCUCCUCAUUGACAAACUGAAAUUUGAUAUUCGUCUGUACGUCUUACUAAAGUCUUUAGAACCCUUAGAGAUUUAUAUAGCCAAAGAUGGACUCUCUAGAUUUUGUACAGAGCCAUAUCAGGAGCCUAACUUCGGAAAUUUACAUCAUGUAUUUAUGCACUUAACUAACUAUUCAUUGAAUAUCCACAGUGGAAACUUCAUUCAUUCUGACAAUGCCAAUACUGGCAGCAAAAGGACUUUCUCCAGCAUCCUUUGCAGACUUUCUUCCAAAGGAGUUGACAUCAAGAAAAUCUGGUCAGACAUUAUUUCUUUGGUCAUUAAGACAGUUAUUGCACUAACACCAGAGCUCAAAGUAUUCUAUCAAUCUGAUAUACCAGCAGGAAGGCCUGGGCCAACAUGCUUCCAGAUUUUAGGAUUUGACAUUCUUCUAAUGAAAAAUUUGAAGCCUAUGUUGCUAGAAGUAAAUGCAAACCCCAGCAUGAGAAUAGAACAUGAACAAGAGCUUUCUCCAGGGGUGUUUGAAAAUGUCCCAAGUCUUGUCGAUGAAGAAGUAAAAGUAGCAGUAAUCAGAGAUACUCUCCGCCUAAUUGACCCACUGAAGAAUAAGAAAAAAGAAAACCGAUCCAGUGGUCUUUCCACAACAACAUCAAAGACAGAGAGUCAAGGAAAGGAAAGCUGGUUCCAGGCUGAGAGGCAUCUACUGCUGAACAUUGAAGCAGGUCAGCUGAGCUUUCCAGAUAUCUUUAUGGACAAAAAAUCCAGAUUCCCAUCCAUUUUUGGCAGAAUGUCUCCAUUGAAGCUUCAGUUUUCAAAGUUUUCCAUAGUCAGAUCUGAACAGUGUAAUAAGAUAUCAGGAAUGAGAGAAGAAUCCAGAGAGGGAACAGAUGAACCACAGCCAGAAGAUAUUUUUGAUGCAGAAGCUUAUAUGAACAAUGAAGCCAGCUUACCCUCUAUCUGCCUCAAGCAAGUAUUCCCGAAGUAUGCAAAGCAGUUCAACUAUUUGCGUUUGGUGGACAGGAUGGCCAAUCUGUUUAUCCGAUUCCUUGGAAUAAAGGGGACGACAAGGUUGGGACCAACAGGGUUCCGCACUUUCAUAAGGAACUGCAAACUCAGUAGCAGCACCUUCUCAAUGGCAUCUGUAGAUAUUCUGUAUAUUGACAUAACAAGAAGGUGGAACUCCAUGGGCCUUGAACAGAAGGAAUCAGGUAUGUGUUUGCAAGCCUUUGUGGAAGCAUUCUUCUUCCUGGCCCAGAGAAGGUUCAAGCAUUCGUCACUGCAAGAGCAAGUUGCCUCUUUGGUCGACCUGUGUGAAUAUCACCUGACCCUGCUGGAUGAGAAACGUCUACUCUGUAGCAAAGGCACCUCCUCUGGCAGGCCUCCCAACAGCAGUUCUUCCCAAGAAAGGCUCCCUCUCACCCAGCCGCCAAAUGGGUCUUUCCUUCCCCGAAAUAACACUGCCAAUAAAUUUGCCCACUACAGACAUCCUCAGUCUUGAGGGGAUGGCACUUUGGUAUGGAAGAAGAAACUCAUAGAGAACGUCAGGGCUGACGAGGGCUCCCCACCCCAUGAGCAUGUGACUGCUGGUGAAAUGUGGAAUGCCAAGUUUUUCUUUUGCUAAAUGCUCUCACCUAUUUAUUUCCCAUUUCCCCUAGUUCCACGCUUCCAAAAGUGAAUGCCCUAUGUCUGUGACCCCAGCCCUUCUUUUUCAGUUCAUCAGUAGAUGGACUAUGUACCUUCUGUGACAAAGGCCAUCCUUCUUACUUUAUGGAAUACCACAUAUGAAGACAGUGGGUGUGACUUCGUAUUGUCAAGACCACUGACUCCUGGGGAUGAUAGCUAUGGAGAAGACAGUCCAAGGAAAAGAAAUCUCAGGGUUUCUGUGGCCUCCUCAAGAACCGAGAGCCAUUUUGUGUCACUCUCCAUCAUAAUAGAAAAUUAUUUGGGAGAAACAAGUAGGAGUAUGCAAAUAUGCAGUCUCUAAUAUAUGUGCAUGUGUCUCAAUGAAUUCACCUAGUGUUUUGGAUUAGUUGGCCCCAUUUCUGCAAAGCGAGUCAAUUUUCUAUUUUUACAUUUCAGAACUAUAGAUUUGGGGUGGUGCUGCCCAGUGGGUAUCCUCUGGGAAGCUUGGUUUUAUACCAAAACAUUGAAAUCACACCUGCUCUGGAGCUUUGAGGAUGGUAUACAUGAUGAAGACUUGUUAGAAGGACAAGCCACUUUACCUCUAAGGUUUGGGAUGAGAGAAAGAAAGGAAGUAACACCUUCUACUUACUCCUCAGGAAAUGUUUGGUUCUGGUUUUUCAAAGAAGCUAAUUUUACAGGAUGGAAUCUUAGAAUUGAAAGAGAUCUUGGAAUAGAAAAUGCUAGAACAUAGGGCAUAGAAUAUUAGAGAUGACAAGAACCUUAAAAUACUAAAAGAAAAAAAGAAUGUUAGAGCUAGAAGGAGAACUACUGAGAGCAUAGAAUGCAGAAAUGUCAAAUGUUAAAGCUAGUAAGAAUCUUAGAAUGUCAGAUUCUAGACUGUAAAAGAUCAGAGAGACCUUAGAAGGUAUGUGGUCUAGUCCCCUGAUUUUAGGAAAACCAAGGCCCAGAUCUAGGGGGUGACAGAGCCAGCACUAGAACUCAGGUCUCUGCACUCCCAGACUAGUGCACAUCCUCUAACAACAUACUGCCCCUACAUCUCCAGGUGGCUCUAGCCUUUGUAUUCAGGGAUGGCUGAGCAGUUCAACAUUCUGGUGCCUCUCUUUACUGUAAUAGUUUGGCCAGGAGACCCUGUUGUAAUUAAUAUUCCUCUAUAGUACAGGGAUAAGAAACAGAGCUUAGAGAAACCUUUACUGCACGGAGCAAAUGGAUUUCAUGGUAGAAGACUUACUCAAAGCAUUUAAGCAUAGCUUGCUAUCUUCUUUGGA